CCAACCAACAGACCGAUGGGGUCUGAGGGCAGGGCAGCGAGAUCCGAGCGGUUGCAGAUGGGACGGUGCGCUCGCUGGGCCUCGCCUCCGCAGGAGGCGUUCGUCUCUGGGGCGUGGCCUCGCGCAGCCCCGCCCUCCUCGCCGGCGACCGCCAGGCGGGUGCCUCGCAGCGGCGGCGCCGACAUGGCUGCUCUGGUGGAGCCACUGGGGCUGGAGCGGGACGUGUCCCGGGCGGUGGAGCUCCUCGAGCGGCUCCAGCGCAGCGGGGAGCUGCCCCCGCAGAAGUUGCAGGCCCUCCAGCGAGUCCUGCAGAGCCGCUUCUGCUCUGCCAUCCGGGAGGUGUAUGAGCAACUCUAUGACACGCUGGACAUCACCGGCAGUGCUGAGAUCCGGGCCCACGCCACAGCCAAGGCCACGGUGGCCGCCUUCACAGCCAGUGAGGGCCACGCACAUCCCAGGGUAGUGGAACUACCCAAGACGGAUGAGGGCCUGGGCUUCAACAUCAUGGGGGGCAAGGAGCAGAAUUCGCCCAUCUACAUCUCCCGUGUCAUCCCUGGAGGUGUGGCUGACCGCCACGGAGGCCUCAAGCGUGGGGAUCAGCUGCUGUCAGUGAAUGGUGUGAGCGUUGAGGGUGAGCAGCAUGAGAAGGCAGUGGAGUUGCUGAAGGCUGCCCAGGGCUCGGUGAAGCUGGUGGUGCGCUAUACACCUCGAGUGCUGGAGGAGAUGGAGGCCCGCUUUGAGAAGAUGCGCUCUGCCCGGCGGCGCCAGCAACAUCAGAGCUACUCGUCCUUGGAGUCUCGAGGCUGAAACCACAGAUCUGGACCCUAACCCUCACCCUCUCCCCUGUACAGUAUUUAUUGUCACCAGCUCCUUAUUUAAAGAUCUUUGACCCUCA